UAUUUGUCCAUUGCGUUCCUACUGGAACAUAAGGCUUCAGUAUCACGUCACCAUCUCACUCCCUUAUCUUCAGUCUUCCCAUCCUGCCUCCACAAAUGCUCACAACCUCUCAUUUAUUACUCACACAAUAUCCUCCAUAUCACCCUCACCCAGGACACACAACUCCUCCUUUCCCAUUCACCUUCCACUCGAUGACAACACAUACCCUGACCUGUUGUAUGAUAUCCUCAAACCGUCUUCUCAUUGUAUGCACAAUCCUACCCAUCUCCACUCUAUUCUGCAUAUUUAUUCGACCACAGGUUAUUUCUUUGUUUGUUUGUUGGUUAGUUGGUUGGUUGUCAGGCACAGUGAGUCCCCUGUUGCCUAUUCUCAUUAUUCUCGCCAUCUAUGUGAUCUUCAGUGUCAGUCAGUGUUAGUGUUAGUGUCAGUGUCAGUGUCAGUAUCGAGUGAGUGUAGGUGGCAGCAGCUGUCGAUGUGGUGUAUGUGUGUAGUAGUUUGUUGGAAAUGCUUUUCGUAACGCACCACCAACAUACUCAACCAUAUGGUGUUGAAGAUCUGGAUCCUCUUCUUUAUGCUGAGCGCAGUCGAGCCGAGCCGAGCCGAGCCGAGUGGAGUGGAGUGGAGUGGAGUAUAUCUCCACACUGAUUUCAGAUUAA